GUCUCCGCCCCCAAGAUGGCGCUGCGGCUGAGGGGCCGCGCGGGCCCGGGCGGGGCUGGGGCGCUGUGGCGGCUCCACAGCCGGGCCGCGAGCACCUUCGACGUGGUGGUGGUGGGGGCCGGGAUCGUGGGGCUGGCAGCAGCGCGGGAGCUCAUCCAGCGUCACCCCUCGCUGUCCUUCGCCGUGCUGGAGAAGGAGAAGGAGCUGGCUCACCACCAGAGUGGCCACAACAGUGGUGUGAUCCACAGCGGGAUUUACUACACCCCUGGCUCCCUGAAGGCCAGGCUGUGUGUGCAGGGUGCAGCCCUCUGCUACCAGUACUGUGACCAGAAGGGAAUUCCAUACAGACAGUGUGGGAAGCUGAUUGUGGCCGUGGAACGGGAUGAGAUCCCGAGGCUCAAGGCUCUGUACGAGAGGGGGCUGCAGAACAACGUCCCGGGGCUCAAACUCAUCGGGGCGAAGGAGAUCCAGGCCAAGGAGCCCUUCUGCAGGGGUCUGAUGGCCCUCGAUUCUCCGUACACUGGCAUUGUGAAUUACAAACAAGUGGCCCAGUCCUAUGCUGAAGACUUCCAGGAAGCAGGUGGGACAAUCCUGAUGGAUUUUGAAGUCACAAACAUGGAGAUGGCUAAAGAGAGCUCUCCAGGAAGUGCAGAUGGACUGAAGUACCCAGUCAUUGUUAGGAACAAAAAGGGGGAGCAGAUCUCCUGCGGGCACAUCCUGACCUGUGCUGGGCUUUACUCCGACCGCCUGUCCGAGAUCAGCGGCUGCAGCCCCGAGCCCAGGAUCGUCCCGUUCCGGGGGGAUUAUCUGGUGCUGAAACCAGAGAAGAGCUAUUUGGUGAGAGGGAAUAUUUACCCGGUUCCCAACCCCAGGUUCCCCUUCCUGGGAUUCCAUUUCACUCCCAGGAUGGAUGGCAGCGUUUGGCUUGGACCCAACGCGGUGCUGGCCUUCAAGAGAGAGGGCUACAACCUGUUUGACUUCAGCGCUGCAGACUUUGUCGAUGCUGUGACCUACAGGGGGCUGUGGAAGCUCGUGCUCAGGAACGUGUCCUACGGCGUGGGGGAGAUGUACAGAGCCUGUUCCCUCAGUGCUCAGGUGAAGCAGCUCCAGAGGUUCAUCCCUGAGGUCACCACCCAUGACGUGCUCAGGGGCCCCUCGGGGGUGAGAGCUCAGGCGCUGGACAGCGACGGCAACUUGGUGGAUGACUUUGUGUUCGACGGAGGCGCCGGAGCCCUGGGGAGCCGAGUCCUGCACGUCAGGAACGCCCCUUCCCCCGCCGCCACCUCCUCCCUCGCCAUCGCCGCCAUGAUCGCCGACGAGGCCAGGACACGCUUCGAGCUGUGAGGGGUGGGAAGGCGUGGGGGAGGUUUCCCUCUGGGAUGUGGGACUGAGUGGGCUUUUUAAGGACGCAGAUCGAACAGGUCGACCUGGUGCUUCCCGGCCCAGAACAUUUGGAAUGUUCUCCCUCCCUCUCCCGCGACUUCCCGGCGUCGGGAAUGGAGGAGCUGCGAUGCCUGGGGAGCUCCAGCCACCUGCAAGGAGGGCUUGUCCACCUGAGGAGCAGCACAGUGUGAGGGGCCUCCAGCCACAGGUGGAGCAGGAAGAGACAAUCCCUCUGUGGUGGGAUCAUCCUCAUUAUUCCCAUGACGCUGGUUGAAAUAUUUCCUCCUCGGAGAAUGGGUGGGUCUGAAAAGCCCCGGGCCUGGGGUGGUUCUCUGGGUGAUUUCUGUCUGAUUCUGUUUAAAUUGGGAGUCUGCAGCCCUCUAGAUUACAUGAAAGUAAUGGAAUAGAAGGA